UCAAAAUCUUACAAAUCAAACUUUGGGGAAUUUUGGAGAAAUUAAAAAAGCACAGAGAGCAUAAGAAAAACAAAAAAUGGCAUCCUUGAGCUUAACUAGCAUAACACCCCAACCGACAACAGGAUUUUCAUUGAAGAACAACAACAAUUACAGUUACCCGACAACAAAGUUCCUUCCUAAGAAGAGACAUGUUCUUCUUACAUUAGCAACACCUUCUCCACAAACCAGUUCAUCAACAACAUCAGAACAGCCUGAAAUCGAGCUGGAAUUUCUUGGGCCGAAGCCAGGAAGUGAUGGUUCGUAUCCAGUGGAUAAAGCUACAGCAAUAAGUGGACAAAAGCUGCUGAGGAACAUCAUGUUGGAUAACAACAUUGAGCUUUAUGCUGCCUAUGGAAAAGUGAUGAACUGUGGAGGUUUUGGAAACUGUGGAACUUGCAUUGUAGAGAUUGUAGAUGGGAAAGAUCUUUUGAAUGAAAGAACCAAGGAUGAACUUCGAUAUCUCAAGAAGAAACCAGAAUCUUGGAGGCUUGCUUGUCGAACUAUUGUGGGAAAUAAGGAGAACUCUGGCAAGGUUGUUGUUCAAAGGCUGCCCCAAUGGAAGAAGUGAGAAAGAGAUUCAUGAGUGAAUUUCAUAACAUUUUAUGUUUGCCACUCAUUUUUUUUACUGUGAAUUUUUAGUUAAAAAUUUGUAUUGUAUUUAUUAGAACAUUGAAAUUUUAUGAUGGUAGGAUAUUUGGAAAUGAUAGGACAUGAAAUAAUUUUAUAUUA